GGCGCGUCAUGUAAACUUAUGUGCAUGUCAAAAUACGAGCUGAAAGAGACAGAUACUAGUAUUAGUGUUAAGUUAGUGUCUUGCAAUUAUUUUGUGAACGUGAACAUCUUUUUAUCAUAAAUUCUUUUGAUGCACGUGCAGCCGGUAUGUAUUUUGACAAGACGCAUGAUGCGUAUGGUUAAAGGUGCAGUAUGUAAAUUUUAGCAGCAUCUAGUGGUAAGGUUGCAAAUUGCAACCAACAGCUCAGUCCACUGCUCACCCCUCACUUCUGAAAAGCAUAGAGAAGCUAUGGUAGCUGCCAUCAGAAAAAACGUCUGGGACAACUUAGUAAAAAAAUGUGUCUGUAAAGGGCUUAAGUAGAAACAUGGCAGCACAAAAUGGCGACUUCCACGUAAGGGGACCCUCGGUGUAUGUAGAUAAAAACGUCUCAUUCUAAGGUAAUAAAAACAUAACGGUUCAUUAUGAAAGGUCUUUAUACACCCCUGAUAAUAUAGUUUGUAUAUAAUUUUGCAUUUCUGUCAAGAGAUCCUUCUAAAAGUUACACACUGCACCUUUAACAUGAUGCAACGAACAGGUAUUUUGAAUUUGUGUAGAUGUAUUGACCUAAGGUAAGUUUAGCAGCCUUAAAUGAUUUUGUGGCUUUGAAAACACUGACCUAAAAAUCUAAGUCUCUAAAGUCUUUAACAAGAUCAGGAGAUUACGAGUUCAAAUCUUUUCUCAGGCAUAGUUUGAAGACAUUCGGUCUAGUCUGGGUAACCGAUGUAUAUCGUCAGGAUGUACAGUAUGUGUGUGUUAACUUUAGUUGGUUUCACCAAAGUCUUACAAAACUACAACUUGAGAUGAGCCUGACUUAAACGUUUUGCAAAAAAUUUUUUAAAGAUGGACAGCAGCAAUGUUCUCCUCUCAAAUAUUACAGUCCACCAGGUCUCGCAUGAAGGAGAGACGGCUAUUGGUGUCUAUUUGGUUAUACUAGGAUUCCUUUCUUCGAUUGGAAAUGGGGUUGUGAUAUUGCUUUUAACUAAGGAAAGAAAUUCACUCGAACCGCAGGAUUUCUUGACCCUUAACCUUGUGGUAUCCGACGGCAGCAUUGCGAUUUUUGGAUAUUCUCGUGGAAUCCUUGAAAUUUUUGAUGUGUUCAAAGAUGAGGGCUAUCUUAUUAAAACAUUUUGGACAUGCAAGGUGGAUGGAUUCCUAAUCCUGCUUUUUGGACUCGUCAGCAUCAACACGCUGACAGCCAUCAGUGUUGUCCGGUACAUCAAAGGUUGCCAGCCUCAUCAUGCUCAUCUCGUCAAUAAGCAUAACAUUGGCGCGGUCAUAGUUGCAGCCUGGCUGUGCUCUCUGUUUUGGGCUGCUUCUCCGCUCUUGGGCUGGGGCAGUUACAGAGCUGGCAGGUACGGGACGUGUGAAAUCGACUGGACGCGAGCUGUUUAUUCUGUUCCAGUCAAGCUCUACGUCAUUUGCAUUUUCUUCUUCAACUUCUUUGUGCCAGUAUCUAUUAUAGUGUUUUCGUACGUGUCCAUCAUUCGCAACGUCAACUCCAGCCACAAGUGCAGUCGGGGAGGAGAUGUCAGCGAGAGGCAAAGGAAGAUUGAGCGGAGAAUUACGCGGGUCUCCUUAAUUCUGUGUGCAGCCUUCCUGUUGGCUUGGUCCCCAUAUGCAGUCAUUUCCAUGCGGUCUGCCUGGGGUUACCAAAUAUCCCCGCUCAACGGCAUUCUGGCAAGUCUUUUUGCCAAGUCAGCAAGUUUCUACAAUCCGUUUAUCUACAUUGGCAUGAGCUCUAAGUUCCGGAAGGACCUGCGGGCUCUGUUCUAUUGCCUCAGAUCCACAUCAGCCCAAAGACACGCCCCUCCCGUCGCACUGGCCCAGCCUGGUGAUGUGCAGCUCAACAUGGCCGCCUUUGAGGAGGCAAUUGAUACGGACGCUGAGAUGCACCGCUGAGAGUCCCGAUGACCUAGAAAGCCACAGUAGACUGCAGAUAUUUUACAGAAAACCCAGCUACUCGGGGGACAAUUGCAACAUGGCUUAUUUCUCCAAUCAGGAAUGAGCAAGGUGGAUGAAACGCAUACUGCACUUCUGGAUGCAGCAGACAUGACCAUUCCUUCUUAAAAAAGUAAAUUUUUAAGUAAAAAAAAAGAAAAAAGUUAAUUCUUCAUGCUCAUAGUUUUUGUCAUGCUGUCUAAAGUGUUAUAAAGCAUUAUAAAAUCAUAUCAUUUUAGGUUUUAUAUUUGUAUCAUAUUUUAGUAUGCCAUUAGAGAGGGGUGUCCAUCUACCUGAUCACUUCAGAAAUCUAAAGUAUUUCAUAAGUUUUGAUUUUGAUCAGUUCAAAUCCAUUGCAAUAUUAACCAUAGUUACGGUAGUUACUUGUUGUUUAAAGGGAUAGUUCAGCCAAAAAUGAUUUUAAACCCAUGAUUUACUCACCCCCAAGCUGUCCGAGUUGCAUAUGUCCAUCGUUUUUCAGACAAACACAUUUUCGGAUAUUUUAGAAAAUGUUUUAGAUCUUUCAGUUGAUUAAAUGUAAUGUUACGGGGUCCACGACCUUCAAGUCCAAAAAAAGUCCGUCCAUCCUUCACAAAAUAAAUCCAAACGGCUCCAGGAUGAUAAACAAAGGUCUUCUGAGAGUAAUCCGCGCGGUGUUGUUGUAGAAAUAUCCAUAUUUAAAACUUUAUUAACAUAAAUAACGCCAUCUUAGUCGCGUCCGCAUUCAGGAUGAGAGCUUACACAGCUUACGGAGGCUACUCUGCUGCUGCUCUGUGCCCCCGCCCUCCGAAUUUGUCAUACGUGACUAAGAAAAGUGCGUACACUACGCUAAUACUCUCUCUCUCUCAUCCAGGAGACGUUUGGAUUUAUUUUGUGAAGGAUGAACACUUUUUUUGGACUUGAAGGUCGUGG